UAUGUUCGAAUUCGACUUAUAAAUGCCAUUAGUGCAAAAGUGUGAUAAUCCUCCCCGUUUAACCUUUCUAAAUAUAAAUAAAAACAAUAAUAAAAAUGGAAAAUUCAAACGUUGAAAAUUGCCGCCUCAUUCGCAGGUGGCAUUAGGCUCUCCCGUUCGGCGUUACCCCGUUCGAUCACGUUCGUCUCCGCAUCCGUGUAUAAAGGACAGUUUCCGCGAGUGGGCCCGUCAUGAAAAUUAUUUAAAGCUCCGAGCUUUAAUUAAAAUUAAAUUCUCUCACCGGCCGGACCCACGACAGCCCGUGAUAAGUCAAUAAUUAUUAGGUCAUCGGCUUAAAUAUUUAGCUGGAUAAACCUCUAUUCAAGACGCCAUAUUGAAUUUCCCAAUCGUCUAUUUGAUAGCGGUUUGGUUGCCCGUGUUAAGGUAGUGCUUUACUCUCAAUAUUAUAUAUAUCAGAUAAUGGCGUUAAAAAGAAUUAAUAAGGAACUUCAAGACCUUGGUAGAGAUCCUCCCGCACAAUGUUCCGCAGGUCCUGUUGGAGAUGAUUUAUUCCACUGGCAAGCGACCAUAAUGGGGCCACCUGACAGUCCGUACCAAGGAGGAGUAUUUUUCCUAACAAUCCACUUUCCUACGGACUAUCCCUUCAAACCACCUAAGGUGGCAUUUACUACAAGAAUUUAUCAUCCAAACAUAAAUAGUAAUGGUAGCAUUUGUCUGGAUAUUUUAAGAGCCCAAUGGUCUCCUGCACUUACCAUAUCUAAAGUGCUACUUUCAAUUUGUUCUUUGUUGUGUGAUCCAAACCCGGACGAUCCGCUAGUCCCAGAAAUUGCAAGGAUAUACAAGACAGAUCGGGAGAAGUACAACGAACUUGCAAGGGAGUGGACACGAAAGUACGCUAUGUGAUGUGUGUGCCAACUGCCUACAACAUCCUUCAGAUUCAGCGGCACAUACAAAUCACAUUCUCGUCACACUUCAAACACAGUGUUCAACCGUUUUUGUUACAAAUAUAUAUAUUAUAUAUACUUAUAUAUUAUAUAUAUGGAAAACAUCAAUACCUUCAGCCGCACUAUAAAUUUUAAAUGAUAUUUGGGGCUACACACAUUUAAAGGUUAAGUGAAAAUGGUUGUAGGCCUUAAAUAUAAUCAAUAGAUGGAAAUUUUACAAAACAAAAAAAAAAAAAUUGACUCCGUUUUACAGUGCUAUCGUAUUUGUACUCAUUUUUAACAUAGAUCGUUAAAGCAGCAAGUGUAAAAAAAAAGUUAAUAAUGUUUAGAGGGUUUUUGAAUUUUCUGUAAAUUUUAUUUUUUUCGAAUACCGUACUUUUCUGUUUUUACAGCUAAUUUUUUUUUAUAUAUAUAUUUUUAGUUCAUUUUAUUGUAUUGGUUCAUAACUAAUUUAAAUUGCUGGAUAAUUUAUACGAAAAUCCCUGAGGGGUUUACAGUUAUUAGCUGUAACUGCUUAGCUAUGUGCAGUUGUAGUUAACUGUAAAAAUCUCGAGUGGCGUUUACCUUUUAUUCAACCAACUUUUGAAAAUCUUUAGUCUAAAUUCCUAUCAAGCUGUAAUAUUUUCUAUGGAUACAAAAUAUAUUUUUUACCUGAACGUGUAGCAGGUUUUGUACAAAGUUGUUUUUCUUUUUUUUUCUUUCUUUUUUGUUUUCGGUUAUUUACAUUAUUCAGAAUCAGAAAGAUUCUCUUACCUUUAUAUAUACUAUAUAUUCUAGCUUGUCAAUUUAUAAAUAACAUUUUCUUAACUUAUCAACUUAUAUAUCCUAGAAAUCAAUGAGAAAAUCGCUUCUAGACAGUUCUUUUUUCCUUUUCCAAAAUAUUAAAAAGAAAAAGUGGCAUCCUAAAAUUUUCACUUGAGAAAGUGGAAUUAAGUAGGUCGUGCAAAUGUUAAUUUAUUUUUUUCCUUUAAGAAAAAUAUAUAUAAACCAAUGUUUUGUAUAUUUUCAUGCAAGUUGGUGACCAAUUUAUCCAAUAAAACAGUGUUUCUCCAAAUUUAAAUAAAAUGAACAAACUAAGGAAAUUGAAAAGAAAAAAAAUGUAAAUUAUUUAGAGACUCAAUAAAGGAAAUAUUUGUUAAAACAAUAACAUCUGUUAUCCAGGAGAUAUUAUUUCAAUUGUAUUUUAGUGAAAGUGUUAAUUAUUAUCCCUCGCCCCCCCCCUUUAAAUUAUGGCAGUGCUGUUAAACAGGUUUUGCCAAAGAAAAAAAGAAACGGCUGGAAUGUAAAAGGGAAAAAGUUAGGAAUGAGUAUUUUAAGAACUUGAAACUCCCUAUGAUUUUAUUUAUGCUUGUAAGUUGUAAAUUAAAUUACAUUUUCCAUUACGAUUUUGCACAA